UUUUACAUUUUAAAGAAUUUAAAUAUUUUAUUGUAAUAUAAUAUUUUAAAGUCUAAUGUCAUUCUUUUGUCUAUUUUCAACUGAUUUGAAAAGCAUUGAAGGCUGACGAUAACAGCAAAAAACCGUUCUUCUUCUUCUGGAACUUCAGAAACCCGUGUUCAAUUAUAGACUCUGCUUAUUCUGCUUCCACCAGCGGUUCAGUAUGGCGGUUGCGGUGGCGCCGGAGGAGAUCAAGGCAUUGUUUGAACGGUACUCAGACAAUGGUAUCAUGACCAUUGAUCAUCUACGCAGGUUCCUCGUUGAGGUCCAAAAGGAAGAUAAGGCUACCACAGGCGACGCUCAGGACAUCUUUUAUCAUCUCCACGAGCUCCAACUUGGUCUCAAUUUCGAGGCUUUUUUCAAAUACCUUUUCGGCGAUAUUAACCCUCCUCUCGAUCUUAAACGUGGGGUUCACCAUGAUAUGACUGCUCCUCUGUCGCACUAUUUCAUAUUUACUGGGCACAAUUCAUAUCUAACUGGGAAUCAACUUAGUAGUGACUGCAGUGAUGUCCCCAUCAUAGAUGCUUUGCAGAGUGGUGUGAGAGUGAUUGAAUUGGAUAUAUGGCCUAAUUCCAAUAAGGAUAAUGUGGAGGUUCUUCAUGGGAGGACACUGACAGCACCUGUGGAACUUAUCAAGUGUUUGAGGUCUAUCCAGGAGCAUGCCUUUACUGCAUCUGAUUAUCCAGUUAUUAUAACUCUAGAAGACCACCUUACUCCAGAUCUUCAGGCUAAAGUGGCUGAGAUGAUCACUCAAACAUUUGGAGACAUCCUGUUUUCCCCUGGCUCAGAAUGCUUAAAGGAAUUUCCCUCCCCAGAAUUUUUGAAGAAACGUAUCAUCAUAUCAACCAAACCACCAAAGGAAUACCUCGAGGCCAAAGAAACUAAGCAUAGGGAUAGUGAAGAAGCUUAUGGGAAAGAAACCACUGACCUUAAAGGUCACAUUCAAGCUGGUGACAAGAAUGAUUUGGAUGAAGAUAGCGAUGAUGAGGAAGAUGCGGACAAAGGAAUUAUGAGGUCAACGCGAAAUGUAGUACCAGAGUAUAAACAAUUAAUUGCUAUUCAUGCUGGGAAGCCUAAAGGUGGACUAGAAGAAUGCCUGAAAGUGGAUCCAGAGAAAGUGAGGCGACUUAGCUUAAGUGAGCCACAACUUGAAAAAGCUGCAGAAACUUAUGGAAAAGAAAUUGUCAGGUUUACCCAACGAAAUAUACUUAGAGUGUACCCAAAGGGUAUUCGUAUUAACUCGUCCAACUACAACCCACUAAUUGGGUGGACGCAUGGAGCUCAAAUGGUUGCUUUUAACAUGCAGGGACAUGGAAAAUCACUUUGGUUAAUGCGUGGAAUGUUCAGAGCCAAUGGUGGGUGUGGCUAUGUGAAGAAACCAGAUUUUCUGUUGAAAUCGAGCCCACAUGGUGACGUGUUCAAUCCUAGAGUCGAGUUGCCCGUGAAGACAAUAUUGAAGGUGAAAGUAUAUAUGGGGGAAGGAUGGUUCAAUGAUUUCCAGGGCAAAAGUUUUGAUGCAUUUUCCUCACCAGAUUUUUAUGUUAGGGUAGGGAUUGCUGGGGUCCCUGCAGAUACUGUAAUGAAGGAGACAGAGACACAGAUGAACAAUUGGAUGCCUGUGUGGAAUGAGGAAUUUAAGUUCCCACUAACUGUUCCAGAACUGGCUCUGCUGCGUAUUGAAGUUUAUGACUAUGACAUGUCCGAGAAGGAUGACUUUGCAGGUCAAACAUGCCUUCCCGUGUUCGAGUUAAGAAGAGGGAUUCGAGCAGUUCCACUCUAUAACUUUGAUGGAGUGAAGUAUAAUUCUAUAAAGCUCCUUAUGGAGUUUGAUUUUAUUUAGACUAUUAUCAGUUUGCAAUUUACACGUUUGUGAAGCUAGUUCUAUAUGUUGAUGCUGUUGUGAGCUGGUGUCUGAAAACGAGCAGCUGUAUAACAGAAUAACAUCUCUGCCCUGCUGGUUUCUACCCUCAGUAAGUCUUCUCAAUAAGAUAGUGCAGUAGGCAGCAGGGUCCUGGCAAGUAUAAUUUUAUUGUAAUGCAAAUAAGAAUCUUGUGUUUUUACUGAUUCGGUUAUUACUUUUUCUAUUCAAUUUUUAGAAAUUACGUCCUGUAAAAUAUAAUUUUAUUGUAAUGUAAAUAAGAAUCUUGUGUUUUUACUA